AAACAGAGAAGAAUUAGAUUAACUUUAUUUAAGUGCCCUUUUCAUUUCUAUUUUCUUCCUCACUUAAAUUGACCAACUUCUCUUUCUUCUUCCUUCUUUUUUUUUUCCAUGUUGUAUAAUUAGUUGAUUUGAAAAAAAUGGCUUGUACAGAAGAACAACAGCCAAUGUUCAAGCAUUAUUGUAGGAUAUGUAAGAAAGGUUUCAUGUGUGGUAGAGCUUUAGGUGGGCAUAUGAGGGCUCAUGGCAUUGGUGAUGAAAGUCCAGCUAUUGAUGAUGAUGAUCCUGUUAGCGAUUGGGAAGAUAACAAAUUUGGAAGUGGAGAUAACAAUAGAAGUAGUAGGAGAAUGUAUCAACUGCGGACCAACCCGAAUCGGUUAAAGAGUUGUAGGAUUUGUGAGAAUUGUGGGAAAGAAUUCUCUUCAUGGAAAUCUUUCCUUGAACAUGGCAAAUGUAGCUCGGAAGAUGCUGAAUCAUUGGUGUCAUCUCCUGGGUCAGACGGCGAAUAUGAAGAAGGCGAACGUCGUGGAGGAGGAGGAGGAGGAUGCCAACAAUGGUCAAAAAGGAAAAGAUCAUUGAGGACUAAAGUUGGGAGCUUUUGCUUACCUUAUCCAAAUAACUCUAGUGAAUCAGAUGAAGACUUGCUUAUGGCAAAAUGCUUAGUUGAUUUGGCAAAUUCCGGAGUUGAUCAAGCUGAUGAGCCUGAUCAAGAAUCUUGUGCUUCCGCCAGUAAGGAUGACGAUCAAGGGCGAAAUCAUAAUAAUCCGGUCACCGCAUACUUCAAUCACUAUCCUUCUUCAAAUAGAUACAAUGACAUUAUAGACAAGCCUAAUAAAAGUACCAAUGCUUCUUCCAAAGGAAAUGGAUUGUUUGAAUGUAAAGCUUGUAAGAAAGUGUUUAAUUCUCACCAAGCAUUAGGUGGACACAGGGCAAGUCACAAAAAGGUUAAAGGUUGUUAUGCAGCUAAACAAGAUCAAAUAGAUGACAAUCUUACAGCUGAUGAUCAAGAUGUUAUUACUCACGACGAGUUCUUCCCUUCCAAACAAUCAUCACAUCAUUCAUCGUUUCAAUAUGAACAAGGUUCGACAAUUAAUGGUGGAGGAGGAGGAGGAGGAAGUUCAAGAAGGAAAUCCAAAGUCCAUGAGUGCACAAUCUGUCACAGAGUUUUCUCAACAGGACAAGCAUUAGGUGGGCACAAAAGGUGCCAUUGGAUCACUUCCAAUUCAGCUCAAGAACCUAAUACUUCUCCAUUAGUAAAGCUUCAGUUCCAUGAUCACGUGGAUCAUCAGAUAACAACACAUCAGGGAAGUAGUACUCCAACAACAUUGUUAAACAAAUCUGAAACUGUACUUGAUCUUAACAUCCCUGCUUCCUCCGCUGCUGCUGCUGCUGCUAAUAAUCAUCAUCGAGGCGAUCGCCAUCCUUCUCUGACAUUAAAGAGAGACCCUCAAAACCUAUUGAGCUUUGAGGUAUCCACCGACAUUCGGCUACACACAUGGACUAACUUAGACGAUCGUAAUAGCCAUGAUCAUGAAUGUCACAAACAAAACAACAACCGCAACAACGCGGGAAAUGAAAACAAGAACAAGAACAACAACACCAACAACAAGAAUGUUGUGGAUGUUAUAAGUAGUGAUCACGGUCCAAUGGAGAAUGCAGAUGAUGAGGCUGAUAGCAAGGUAAAAUUGGGAAAGCUAAGCGAUCUCAAGGAUAUAAACUUAAGCGGUAAUACGUCGCAAUGGCUGCAAGUUGGGAUUGGCUCAGCAACAACAGAUGUUACUGCUCAUAUAUAGGUAGCUAAAACAAUUUAGAGAGAGUUUUUGGCUGAUCAAAAGUGUCCAUUUGAAUGUAUUCUUUUGUAUCAUCAAACACAUAAUGUAUAGAUUCAAAUGUACAUCCUUUUUUUUUUUUUUUCUUUUGUUUUCACUUCAUGUGGAGAUUGAAGUGAAAUUAACAGAAAGUUCAUACAGAGGUUAUGAAAACAUUACAGCAU